GCUCUGUUUUGGGUAUGGUUGAGCCAUUUUUGACAGAGUUAUAUCCCUUAUACUGAGAUAAAUGGGAUUAAAUCCAAUCAUUUGAGGAGGGGGCAUAGGCGUUCUACAAACAUUUAUUUCUUUUGGCAUGGAAUGAUAGGAAGUGUAAUGUCUUACCAUUUUUCAUCACUAUUUUGACAUACCCACAUGUGAUUUUGUUUUUUAUUUACAGGAGGAUGAAAGCAAUCAAGACCCAGCCUUACAUGAACAGACUAGAAGCAGAGUGAUAGAGGGUUUAAAAGGCAGGAAGGUUACAGUGUUGUACGAGGGAUCAGCUGCUGGAAGAGCCUCUACUGUUGCUACCCCCCGCCGUGAGCCGUGCUACCUUAAGGAGCUUACAACAGAUGAGAGCGAAGUUGUCGAACUUCAGAUGGGGUACUUUAAGGACAACAAGAUCUGCACCUCCUCACAAACAGAGAAAGUGGUUGUAAUCCAGGAUGAGACUGAGAUAACAGACCUUCUGGCCAAGCAGAAUGAAGCAAAGAAGAGGAAGACUGUGUCAACCCAAACAGACUCUCGUACUUCUUGUGAAGCAAGUGUGCAAACAGAAUCCUAUGGUGGAGAGCAGUCUUCAGUUCAUGGCAAACUAGACGAGAUUCUCAGUAUUCUACGUGCAACUUCUGCUGACCUUUCAUUAAAGACCAACAACAUUGCCAAUGUAAGCGACAUCGUUAGAUGGGUAACAGAAAACACAUCGACUCCCAAGCCAGGGCUACCAUCAAUCACAAUUGUGCCUGUGGAAGACUCCAUCCUGGAAAUUCCAGCACGUUACCGCCCAAGUGCAACACCUGUGAUAGAAGUAAUUCAGGAGGAAGAGAAAAGACCUUCACCUGUGAAAGUUCGAUGUUUAACACCACUCAGAUCACCACUGAGAUCCUCUCCACUUGUAGCCUGCAGAUCUUCACCACUUAGAUCAUCACCUCGCCUUGCCUGCCGCUCAUCUCCUCUGAGGCGCCCUACGUCACCUCCAGCCAGCAGCUCCUCACCAUCCUUACCAUCGCCAUCUUCAGCCCGCCACUCUUCGCCAUCAAGUUCUCUGCCAGCUCGUCGUGCCUCUCCAUUAACAGCAAAGAAGACUCUCUUUGCCGAGGAAAACGUUGAUCAUGAGGGAUCAGAAGAUGGUGUUUCCACAGUCCAGGAAGUAGCUCAUAGAGUAAACAACAGAAAGAAGAGCAAAGACGAUCAGGUUUUGACAGUGCCCUGUAGCUCAACUGCAACAAUCCUCGAAAUCAAAGAUGUCACCGAUGUAGUCCCAGGAGAUUUUGAAUUCAGAAUACGACGGGAUAUCCUUGCUGAUGUGAAGUCAACAGCCUGCUCCGAUGGAAACUUCAUGUGGAUUCUGACCAGGAAGUUAUUCCGAGAGGAUGAACUUGUCGAGAGGAACUUCUUUGGAAGGAAAGGGAGGAAACCCAUAUCUCCCCGAAGGAAGAGGGCACUAACACAUGCUUACAUUGCGUCAUGUGGAACAUCCUACAAGGAAUUCACCAAGGCAGUGAACAGCAUCAAUAACGGCAUUCGAUCUCUAGGACGUUGAUGAUUAUGAUGUUACUGUAUUACUACUUUUAGGUUAGUCCACGAAAAGUUCCAAUGUUAGAGUUCCAAAGAGGUUGUUUGUUUUAAUACUACCACAAUUAUGUCAAUGAUUGAAAGUGAUACUUAUGAUUAUGCUUUGCAGAAUAUACUUUUGUACUUCUUGUAACAUAUGAUCCUUUAUCAUGUUUAUAUAUAUGGAGUCAUAAGAUGUAAAUACAUAUAAAUUUACGUAAUGUCAUGUUUAACUAUAUAUUUAUUUAUUUGAGAAAAAAAGAAGAUAAAAAGUUUUAUCUCAUUGCAAUUUUUUUUUUAAUAAUGUGGCAAUAAAAAUUAAUGAUAUUAUUGCUGGUUUGCAUCAUUGAGAGAUUUUUUUAAAAUCAGAUAUGAGGUAGUUCAGAGGCCUAGUUGCUAUACAAUAUCUGUGUAGACCAAUAUGUAUGAUAGAAUCCUUAUCCCUAGAUAGAUUGCAGUCAGAUGUACAUGUAUGCAUGUAACAUUCGAGAUUGUUACAGUAGCUUUUUGUAGCCCCUAAAACAUUGCAUAGGCAGAUAACAAAACUGUAUAAUUUGUUUGAUGUACUCUGACCAACCCUAUAAAAUGUCCCUAGAUUUUUUUUGUUGUUGUUUUAUAUUUAAUUUUUUAUUUGGUAUCAAGAGAAAUACAGUGUUUCAUUUUUAAAGUUAAGUUUUACCAUUUCUUAAGAUUUCAGAAUAUCAGAUAUGCAAAGCUGUUCAGUGUUACAUAAAAAGAUCAGUAAAUAUCUAAGUUGUAGACUUCAAUGACUACCAUUAGUUUGUUUGAAAGAGCACCCUUAAGACUGCCACAAAAAAUAAAACUGUCCUUGAGAAAUAUGGGUCAAAGUACAUCAAAUAAUAC